AUGUCACGUCCUGAGCAGUUGGCACCGGCAGAGGUGUUUUAUAAUGAAACAGAAUCUCGCAAAUAUACCAAUAAUACACGUAUCCAGCAUAUUCAGGCGAAAAUGACACUUCGGGCCUUGGAAUUGCUAAACUUGCCGAAGGACACGGCUAAUUUCAUUCUCGACAUAGGGUGUGGGUCAGGACUUUCUGGAGAGAUUUUAACAGAGGAAGGAGAUAUGUGGAUUGGAAUGGAUAUAUCACCUGACAUGUUGGCUACUGCUUUGGAUAGGGAGGUGGAAGGAGAUCUGCUUCUGGCAGAUAUAGGGAAUGGAAUUCCCUUCAGAGCUGGAACUUUUGACGCAGUGAUAUCGAUUUCUGCAAUCCAAUGGCUGUGUAAUGCCGAUACAAGUAAUGCCGAUCCAAAGAGAAGAUUGUUGAGGUUUUUCAAUACGUUGUAUGCCUCACUGAAAAGAGGUGGUAAAGUUGCAGCACAGUUUUAUCCGAUGAAUGAUAAUCAGCUGGAUCAGAUUCAAAGUGCCGCCAAGGUAGCAGGAUUCCAAGGAGGUGUGGUUAUUGAUGAUCCGGAGAGCAAGAAGAACAAGAAGUAUUACCUGGUUCUAUCCGCUGGUACUCCAGAUGUUCAGAUCAACUUAGAAGGAGUAGUGAUGGAUGCUCCCACCAAGGAAAGAAAACUUAAUAAGAAACAGAUGAAAUUAAUGGAGACAAGAAAAGACUACAUCCAGCGUAAGAAAGAAGUAAUGAAGAGGAGGGGAAAGAGUGUGGCCAACGACUCCAAGUUUACAGCCAGAAAGAGAAGACCAAGAUUUUGA